CAACAGUUUGCGCAUCUACCUUCCGGGACAUUUUAUAACAAUACAAAGGGACAAAACAUCGAGGGACCGGCCAGUAAUCUGAAAUGCUCAAUUCACCACUGGGCUGAGCGUGGCAUCGCUGGCCGCGGCGUGCUUCUGGAUUUCUGCUCUUAUGCCCACGCCAAGGGUCUUGAUUUUGAUCCAUACGACACUUGCAGCAUAUGUUAUCAAGACUUGCUCGAAUGUGGCCGAGCGCAGGGCAUAGACAUCCGGCCUAAGGCGCAAGGAGGCGACAUUGAGAUUGGCGACAUCCUCUUUAUCCGGAGUGGGUGGGUCGAGGCUUAUCACAGUAAAAGUCCAACCGAACGCGCCCAUCUAGGGCUCAGGGGUCACAAAGAAAUCAAGUUUGGAGGCGUGGCUCAAGAGGAGUCUAUACUUGACUGGCUGCAUGACUGCUACUUUGCUGCUGUUGCCGGGGACUCGCCCACGUUUGAAGCCUGGCCAACCAAGGCUGAAUACCACCUUCACGAGUAUAUCCUAUCUCUAUGGGGAAUGCCUUUGGGUGAGAUGCUCAACCUAGAAUCAUUGGCUCGUCGAUGUCGCGAAACGAACCGGUGGACAUUCUUCUUCACCAGCGCACCGGCAAAUUGUCCACGGGGGGUUAGCAGCCAUGUUAAUGGCAUUGCAAUUUUGUAG